UUGAACAUGCACACACAGAGAAAUCAACCUUUUAUUGAAAUGUAUUUUAUGUCAGCAUGUGCAAAUGUACUGUAAGGAAAUGGGGUUUUGAAGUAACCAUUAACCAUAUCUGCUAUCCUGACAGUACUUAUGUGGGCUUUCAUAGAUUGCGUUAAAGAUUCCGUUAUAGAUUCCGUUAUAUCAAAUGAGAACAAUAGAUCUCUUAUUCUUCUGAAUACUGUAAUUGAACUCUUUGGAAAAUGGUGGGAUUGCAGGGGUGAACUUUUCCAGUCUUGAACAGAACUCCACUGUUAUUUGAAUUGGAUGGGUUUGAUCCCCCAUUGAACUCAACAAAGACACAGCAUUUGAUUCAGUAUGUUCGCUGAGAGAGCUAAAAAGAAAAAAGAAUUUGGUUGAGCACAUAAAUGUAAGGCGACUUUUAGAGCCAGCUGGGGGAAAAAAUGAUUAAAAUCAUUAUUUUAGGAUAAUAUUAUUAUAGCGGCAUAAUUUUACAUAUGCUAUUAUAAUGUUUUUGUUAUUAUGAUUUUGAUUUGGUUUUUUAUCAUAUUGUUAUUAGCCUACAUUGCUAUAAUUGGGAUUUUAUUAUGCUAUUCCUAUUACUAUUAUCAGCAGCAGCAGCAAUAGCAACAUUAUCAAUGAGCGAGACGCAGGUGCUCUUCCAGCUUCCAUAGACUCUUCUAAUGAAUAGGCCGUUCCGCAUUAACCAUUCAAGGAUUUCGUGCGCGCAUAAAUAAUAGUCUGUGUCUCUCAAAAAAUAAGCGCCGCUCUCAGCGCGAUCUCUCCAGGGACUUGAGGCUUUCAUCUUUUCUUAUCCGAUCGAGCCAAAUAGAUACGUAUUCAGACCUUCAUAAUAAAACAUAUAGAGCUAGCCUAGUUCAUACAAAUAAGUAAUACUUUAAAAACUGUGUAGCCUACAUUGGAUCUAUUUUCACUUUUGGAAUUACAACGUAUUUUGGAGGAUUUUAAUCUGUCCAAGGAUCGGAGACCUUUGUUUUAUCUUCCUUCUCCUGCAUUUGUAAAUACUGCGCCUUGCAGAACGAAUCUUUUGGAUUAGUGCCUGGUCAUUGAGAUACAAGCUGCAUUCAUCACUGCAAAUUCAUCGAAGCAAAUACAGACAUUCAAGAUUUGGCAUUGAAACAUUUUAAUUUUGGAUUUUUCCUUGAGGUUCAUGUUCAGAAAUAUUCGACGGACUGGUUGUCACCAGAGAGCAACACGAGGAUGGGAUAUGCAAGCAAAACCCUGAACGGAUGCAUGGUGUUGAUUUGGAUCGCCACGGUCCUGCUUUUAUCGGAGACCAGAAGAGUAAAGCAACCUAGAUGCCCCGCAUCUUGUACGUGCACCAAAGAUAAUGCACUGUGUGAAAAUAUAAGAUCGGUCCCUCACAGCUUUCCACCUGAUGUCGUUUCAUUAUCUUUUGUCAAGUCUGGAUUCACCGAAAUCACCGGAGGAAGCUUCUUACACACGCCUGCUCUACAGCUUCUUCUAUUCACUGCCAACACGUUUGACUCAAUUGAUGAGGAUGCGUUCCUGGGACUACCGCAUCUGGAGUACCUGUUUAUCGAAAACAACAAAAUUGCUUCAAUAUCACCAUAUGCAUUCCGGAGCCUAAAAGCACUGAUACACCUGAGCCUGGCCUAUAAUAACCUUGAGACAUUACCCAAAGAUGUUUUCAAGGGCAUGGAUGCUUUGGCUAAAGUAGAUCUGAGAGGGAACCACCUGGAAUGUGACUGCAAACUAAAGUGGCUAGUGGAGUGGAUGCGCACCACCAAUGCGACGGUUGACCAGAUCUCCUGCAGUGGGCCCCCGCUUUUCCAAGGGAAACUGAUCAAUGACCUUGUGCCCGGGUCAUUUGACUGCAUAACAGCAGAGUUUGCCUCUUAUCAGCCCCUGACGUUUGAAUCCAUUUCGGUGGAGUCCUUUACCUUUGGCAUGGACCAGUUUGUUGUGUUUGCCCAACCCUUCACUGGUACAUGCAGCUUCCUGGAAUGGGAUCACGUUGAAACGGUUUUCAGAACCUAUGACAGCGUUCAAAGUACAUCCACUGUGGUAUGCAAACCCAUGGUGAUUGAUAAUCAGCUGUUCAUCAUUGUAGCCCAGCUCUUUGGUGGCUCUCACAUUUACAAGCGGGACAUCUCUGCCAACAAAUUCAUAAAAAUCCAGGACAUUGACAUCCUGAAAAUCAGGAAACCUAAUGACAUUGAGACUUUCCUUAUAGAUGGUGAGUCCUUCUUCGUGAUCGCAGACAGCUCCAAGGCCGGUUCUACCACAGUGUACAAAUGGAAUGGCAAUGGGUUCUACUCUCACCAGUCCCUCCAUGCCUGGUACCGUGACACAGACGUGGAGUACCUGGAGAUCUCUGGUAAGCCCCAUCUGAUCCUAGCCAGCAGUUCCCAGAGGCCUGUUGUCUACCAGUGGAGCAAGAGCCUGAAGAAGUUUGACCGGCGCACUGAUAUCCCCGAAAUGGAGGACGUGUUUGCGGUCAAGCACUUUAAGGUGAAGAGUGAACUUUUCAUCUGCCUGACGCGUUUCAUCGGGGACUCCAAGGUGAUGAGGUGGGACGGUUCCAUGUUCAAAGAGGUACAGACAAUGCCUUCGCGAGGCUCCAUGGUGUUCCAGCCCAUCUCCAUCGGCAACUGGCAGUACGCCAUCCUCGGCAGCGACUACUCCCUGACGCAGGUCUAUCAGUGGGACUUGAAGAGGGGCCAAUUUGUUUACUUCCAGGAUCUAAACAUACAGGCACCAAGGGCAUUCUCUCUGGUGUCCAUUGACAACAGAGAGUUUCUGCUGGCCUCCAGCUUCAAAGGGAAAACUCAGAUAUACGAGCACCUAAUGAUUGACCUGAGUAAUAAUUAAUUAAUGAAAACAAUUAAGGAGUGUGCAGUUGACAAUUGCAGUAGCACUGAACACUGUGGAGAGGAUGACUAUACUGCACCGCUAUUUGCAUGAUAUAGCCCACUAAUAAGAAAGAAUUCCUGAUGAAUGCCUUGCUAGAAACAUCUACUGUGUCCCUCUCUUUCACAGCACUCUUUCUUCUUUUUUUCCUCAUAGACAAAGCAAUUGUUGACAUAUAGCAGCUAAGCCCUACACUACGGUAACUACGGUAAUUGCUGUGCUAUAAGAUAAACUUAAGAGGUAAAAUAAAGUAAACAAGAAUUUUGCUUGUAAAGUACUCAUUAACAUUUAAUUGACAAUUUCCCGAAUAAAAUGUUUACGUUUUUACAAUGAUGAGUAAAUUAAUACAGCGUUUUGUAUGUAGAGGGGACCACUCCAAUCAUGUUAUAUCUUUCAUAUGGAGCUAUAGUUUUAGAUUUUGAAAUUACAUUUUUAAUUGAACCUAAUCUAGGCCUAAAUCUGUGUAAUUGCAAUACUACAAAAACCACACAUGUAUUCUAAUCUGUAGUAAGAGUGUGUUUUGUUUUAAAUGUUGCUGUAUUUUAUGUAUAGUAGACUAGUAAUAAACCAAUUUCAUAAAAGCAUAAA